UAGUUUUUGCUGUAUACCUUGUAACCGAGAAAACCCGGAUCCUGGUCGCGCGCACCGUCAGCCACGUCACCGAUCAGCGGCGCGAGCCCACAGUCCAGUGUUUAUCAGCAGAGAGUUGCAGUACAUUUCCACGGAUUCUGUUUGGACAAACAUCUGAUCUGAGAUCAGCUUCACAACUCUUUAAUUCCAGCGCUGAUUACUGAACAGUAACAUGAAUAUCUUCCGACUGUCUGGAGAUGUUUGUCAUCUGGUCGCCAUCAUUAUUCUGUUCCUGAAGAUCUGGAGAUCCAAAUCAUGCGCAGGUAUUUCUGGCAAGUCUCAGGUGCUGUUCGCACUGGUCUUCACCACCAGAUAUCUGGACCUGUUCACAUCCUUAAUCUCUGUCUACAACACCAUCAUGAAGGUGGUGUAUCUGGUCCUGGCGUACGCCACUGUCAGCCUCAUCUACUUCCGCUUCAGGAACUCGUACGAAUCUGAGAGCGACUCGUUUCGUGUGGAGUUCCUGCUGGUGCCGGUGGCCGGUCUGUCGUUCCUGGAGAACUACGCCUUCACGCCGCUGGAGAUACUGUGGACGUUCUCCAUCUAUCUGGAGUCGGUGGCCAUCUUGCCGCAGCUCUUCAUGAUCACGAAGACAGGCGAGGCCGAGUCCAUCACCACACACUACCUGUUCUUCCUGGGCCUGUACCGCGCGCUGUACCUCGCUAACUGGGUGUGGCGCUAUCACGUGGAGGGAUUCUUCGACCAGAUCGCCGUGGUGUCUGGCGUCGUCCAGACCAUCUUCUACUGUGAUUUCUUCUAUCUGUACUUCACCAGAGUGCUGAGAGGAAGUGGAAAGAUGAGUUUGCCGAUGCCGGUGUGAGUCGUUGGAUCAGACCCCGCCCUCCGUUAGGCCACACCCAGUUGUGACAUCAUCACCGGCCGCACUUGUAGUUCUUGUGUUUGAGCUGCAUAUGUGGCUGGUGUAAUUGUGCCUUACAGUGAUCAGAUCUGCUGGACAUAUCUCGUCUUUGAUGCCUUAAUGUAUUUUUGUUCAUAAAAACAAUGUUUUGAGGA